CAGUGUCGCGGCUCCCAUAUUGCAUGCAGGUCUGCGCCUCUGCCGACACCGCCGCCGCACGGAGUCAGCACUUGUCAUCAGAGUGCCUCGAAGAGCAGUGAUUCUCUAGGGUUGAAAGACGAUGACUCGCGCAGCGAUACGCGCAACUGGUCCAAAAUCACCGUCUGAAAGAGUGCGAAGAUGAUGAAUGUAGGCGUAAAGCGAACCCGGGGCUCCGAGACCGGCUCGAAAGCCAGCGAAGACGAACCCCAGGAUUAGAACGGCCGUUGCUCUUGGUCCAUCAGAAAGAGACAGGUCCAUGAAAAGGAAUACUGGCCUCAACGAACCUCAAGACCGGUAUAUGUAUGUAUGGAGAAAAGAAUGGCGGAUGGUAGAAGGAAAUAUCGGAGCGACGGGCUUGGCGGCGCUAAACCCUUUUUGAUGACCGAACAUCAACGACUCCUACUCUCGCUUCAUGUACUUGUCUUUAUUGUAUCUAUUCGUUGUUCCUAUGCCGUUUUACCUCGCACGCUCUCGGGUCGCUUCCGCGCUUGUCUCAACCUCACAGCCUGGUUAGAUCCUUGCGCAACCGGAAGGGACCCAAACUUCGCUAUGACUAUAUCUAAAUUUAUCGCAAUUUAUUGAACUAGAAACUUCGAGGGGAACUACGCGGAGUCACUCAGAUGGGAUCGGUUCAGCAGUCAAAGCUGGUGUGGUCCUGAUGCUUCGCUAGAUGUCCCCCAUAGAUUUCAUCGACAAGCUGAGGUAUCCAACUACCCUACAAGCCUUUAAUCUAUUACAAUACUGUUUUGACAAUCUCUCCUCGGACUUCCUGAGCCGAAACAAUCGAACUGACCCAGAAGCACUGCUGCUUCUCUAGCAAAUAGCAAUCGAAGAGCAAACUAAGCCAC